AUGUUUGAACAAUUACAAGCUUAUCCAAAUAUUCGUAUCAGACAUGUUAAAAUUCAAAAUUAUAUAUAUAUAAAAGACACACCUCUGGAUGUAUGGUACAGAACUGAUAUAAUAAAGAAAAGUAAAUGGCCAAAAAUUCAAAUGAUUGAUAUUCUGAGAUUUUUAACACUUUGGAAAUACGGAAUAUAUUUGGAUCUGGAUCUUGUUGUUAUAAUAUCCAUUGAACAUUUAACAAAUUUCGAUGGUGCUGAGGAUUGGUAUAAAGUGGCUGUUGAUAUUUUGGGAUUUGACACUUCAAAAUUGGAUCGUCACAUCGUCAACGAAUGCAUUCAUGAAAUACGAAAUAAUUUUCAAGGUGAUAUCUGGGGUUAUAAUGCUCCCAGUGUAGUUACUAGAAUGUUAAAACGAAUUUGUUUAAAAAUGUAA